AUGGCAAGGUGGAGCAAGGCAAGGGCGUGGCUGGCCGGAGCUCUGACGGCGUCCCGGUGUGGCCACGGCUUCGGUGUGCGCGGCGAGCGUGGCUCCGGCGAGGUGGAGCUGGCCGGGCUGCGGGACUCUGGCGCGGAGGACUUGGGCUUCGGCAAUGGCGGCUUGCAGCGAGCGGUGGCUGAGCAGCAAAGGUGGAGAGGGGGGGAAAUAGUGCAUUGGGCAGUGGCGGUGCUUGCUGCGCCAUUGCGGCUAUUUAUAGCUGGCGAGCAACCACAGCAAGGCGGUGCCGCACAGCUCAUCGGUGACCAGCCAUGGAGAUAUUUCGCCGGCAAGGGUGGCAGGGCACAGCAGGGUGACAGCUGUGAUCCUCAUCCAUCGGCGUACAACGUCAACGCUCCGAGGCGGUUGAGCAUAGCAGGUCGUCGGCCUCGAGGACAAGGAAACUGUGAGGUCGUUGACCUCCUGGAGAAGAAGGAUAUGACAAGUGGGCCCUGCUCAUCGGUGAGAGAAAGGAAGCGGAGGGGAUGGCUGCCGUGCUGCUAG